AUGGCAUUCAAACUUGUGAUUUUCUUUGCCGCUGCAUCAAUGGCUUAUGCUGGAGUACUUCCAGUUUAUGAUGACCAUUCUCACCAUUACCAAGCAGCUGCUCCAGUUGUUUACAAACAAGCUGCCGUCGUCAAACAAGUUGUGCAUGAAGAACCAGCCAACUACGAAUUCAACUAUGAUGUUCAUGAUCCCCAUACCGGAGACAUCAAACAACAACAUGAACACGCUCAUGAUGGUGCCAUCCAAGGACAAUACUCAUUGAUCGAUGCUGAUGGCCACCGUAGAAUUGUUGACUACACUGCUGAUGAUCACCAUGGAUUCCAAGCUAAUGUUCGUCGUGAACCACUCGAGGGACACAAGAUCGUCAAGACUGUCCAACCAGCUAUCGCUGUCCAGAAAGUCAUCGCUCAACCAGCUAUUGCUGUCCAAAAAUACAUUCAACCAGCUCAACAAUACGUUUCAGCCCCAGUGCAUCAACAAUACGUUUCAGCCCCAGUGCAUCAACAAUACUACUCAGCUCCUUCCCAUAGCUACCAUCACUAA